AAAGCCCAACAUGCGUGAACACGUAAAACUUUUCUGCUACAAUCACCUGUACUCACCCUCACCGCCUUAACAUACACUCCAUUUUUCAAUUGGUUAUCUGCUACCAAAAUCUUUGUUAUAACCAAUAAAAAUUCGACACGUCGUACAAACCUUAAAGUACAAUUCUGCUUUUUCAGUCUAUAUAACACUAAUAAUAAUUUUCUUUUUCUCUUUCUCUAGUUUCUUCUUUGGCUUCUCCGAGACUUUCUCCUGUUCGCUUCUAGGGAGCUGAAAAUUUUCUAAAGGUCGGAUUGUGUUGUGUCUUCAGCGAACAGGAAAAUUCAAUAUGGAGCAAAAUGAUACAGGCUGCCAAGCUCCUCAAGCUCCUCAAGCUCCUGUCCUUUGUGUCAACAAUUGUGGGUUUUUUGGAACUGCAGCUACAAUGAACUUGUGCUCAAAGUGCUACAAGGAUAUGAUGUUUAAGCAAGAACAAGCUAACUUUGCCGCUUCAUCUAUUGAAAGCUUUGUGAAUGGAAGUUCAAGCACUAGUGUGAAAGCCAUUGAUGUUGCUGCAACCGUGCAGAAAGGUCCUGCAGAGUCCCUGGUUGUACCCACACAAGUUGCAUGUCCACCCGAGAGCAAAGAAGUUGAGAAGGCUAAGCAGGGACCAAAAAGGUGCAGCACCUGCAGGAAACGAGUUGGUUUGACCGGCUUCAAUUGCCGAUGUGGGAAUCUUUUCUGCUCAGCCCAUCGUUACUCGGACAAGCAUGAGUGUCCAUAUGAUUAUCGCAAGGCUGGUCAAGAUGCUAUUGCAAAAGCCAACCCAGUUGUUAAGGCUGAAAAGCUUGACAAAAUAUGAUGGAAUGUUCGAGUUAUGAGCUGUAGUAUUAUUGAAGUCGUCUUCUAUCUUCUGGUGACAACGGUUGUUAGGUGCCCUAGGACUACGAGGGGGUCUGAGAAAGAAGCAUAAGGCAUCUUUUGCAACUUGAGGGGUAGUAAUGUUGGUAUUGAGAGUAUGGAAUGUUGUGGUUUCCAUCUUUAGUGCUUGUUUUGUGCUUGUGAUGGACAUUCUUUUUCGUUUUUCAUGUAGUAAUUCCAAUUUUAGUAACUUAAAAGUUGGUGUUCCUCAAGUAUAAAAGCAAUGUUUCUUGCUAUUAAA